AUCGAUGGAACGGAAGUGAAAGACCCAGGGGAUUCCCUUUCACUCGUUUUCAAUGGGGUGAAAAAUUGAGCUUUGUUCGAAAUUCUAUUAUUGAAUUUAAUGUCAAAACAUUUUUAGAGAUAUAUACCCCAUUCAAAUGCAAUGCUAAUUAAGCGCUCAAGUUUCCUGCACGUACAUUAAUGAAACAAAGAAAUUUGAGCUAAAACGAAUCGAUCUCUCGGCGGAGCUUGUUUCUGCCCUCCUCGCACCGACUCGUAGUAAGGUUAGUUUUGUUUCUUUUUUUAGCUGCUAAAACGCUAUGCUAUUUAGUUCAUUAUGAAGAUUAUCACGCAUUGACAACCUGACACUGUGGUUCGCGUCCCAGGUGAAUCUUCUUGUUUUAAUAUUCAUAAUCAGUGGUGCUAAUAACUAAUAAUAGGCUUGACCGACAACUUGCAAUGAAGCAAGCAAAGUCACUAAAAUAUAAAUUUUCAAGAUUGACUAACAGGACUGGAAGUGAUCCUGACCGGUGAUGCUCAUAUUUAAUUUGGAUUUGAGUAACUAUGUAAUGUAGUAUGUAUUUGUAUUGACAUUGACAGUGUUGGCCACGAUUUUCCUAUAUAGGGCUUGCUGUCAAAGAAAUAACAAACCCCAAGAUUGUCUAGAUUUCAUUGACAAUUACAAGCAAUCUAAAAAAUGUAGGAAUAAUUUUUGUGAACCUAAUUAUACUUAAUAGUUAAUAGUUAAUAGGUUUUGUGCAUACACUGUAUAAUAUAACUAAGCCUUUUAUAGGUUAUCAUUUUUAUUAUUCCUCUGCCUAUAUGAUAAAUGAAAAUUAUGUACUGCUUUAGAGUUUUCAAAAAAUGUUAGUGGUAUUUCAGUCACAUCCCACCAUCUACCAUUUUGAUUAUUGUUGUGAAUAUCGCAUCUUAAACUAUUAAGCCAUUGGCAUGGCCAUGAAACAUAAAGGGCCAAAAUAAAGCAAAAUGUCUAUGCCUAUACAGAGUCACCCUUAAAAUUUGAAAGUUUUCAUUAUCAAAUUGAAAGCUGACUUUUUUUUUAUUACUGUUAGUAAUUGGAAAAUAAAUAUGGCAUGGGCCUAAUUGUUAGGCUCAUAUAGGCAUAUAUGUAUUAAACUAAUAAUAUUUUAGGCUUAUAUAAAUAUAGGCUUUUCUACUUUAAAAAUAAUUUUAAUGUACAUCAAGUUGAGGUGUUAUAUUUAAACUACACCCUCAUUAAUUUGUUUUACUUGAAUUUUAAAAGUAAUAUAUUUUUUCUUGCAGUUUUUAGUUUUAUUAAAAAAUACCCUAUUAGUGUAAAAAGUUGGGAGUUACACAAUUUUUUCUACACCAAAUUGUAAAAACUUCAGGGUCUGCUAUAUUAAAUAAAGUAUAAAUAUUUGCUAAUUCAUUCUUCAUGAAGAAAUCUUUAAAAUAUUAUUUUUAUAAACGCAGGCUUCAACUCAACCUUUUUUUUUAAAAAAAAUCUAUUCUAAUUUGUUUUAAAGUUUUAUUUUAUCCCAUCAUCGCUGUAAAAAUAGUAAAAGUGAAUAGUAAUGUUUUAUAUUUUUCUUUCAAGGAUUUAUGGGAGAUUGGCUAUCCAUGAUUGGACCUUGUAGCAAUGUCAAAGAUAUUAAAUUGCAAGAUAGCCAUUAGGAAUCAUUGUUGUCCUCAGCUCUUUAUUGGGGACAAUUGGGGUAAAAUUAAUAGUUCCACAAUGUUCCCAUCUAGAAGUAUAAAGCUGGCCCAAAGAUAAUGGUGGAUUGUCACUGAUUUACAUGCAUAAUUUUGGAUGAUUAUUGACUGUUUUGAAAAUUCUCCUUUAAAAUAUAAUUUUUCAAAUAAUAAUCGGCUUAAUAACUGCUGUAUUUUCAGUUCUUUCAUUGAAGAUCAUUUUUGGAGUUCUAACAAAUAGUGCUUGAUGGAGAAGGUGGCUGGUUUGGUUGACCCCGGAGGAGGGACUGAAUCCCUGACUGGGGAUUUAAUCCCUGACUCUCUUGAAUCAUUUCUUAGUGAACAGAAAGAAAAACCAACAGAGUUAAAAAUGAUUGACAGUGAUAUUCUAGCCUUGGCCAAUCAAGUGGGAGAUGAACUUGAGGACAACUCAGUCGACGGAGCCAGCUUGGGAACCGAUCUGUCCUUUUUAGAAGGAGCUGAAGCAAAGGAGGCUAGUGGGGAUGAAGAUGAUCCUGCACUUGAUUUUCUUGUUGGGGAAGGAAAAAUGGAAGUGGACACUGAAGAUUUAGCUUUUUUGGAGGAACAAGAGAUGUCAGAAGGAGAAAGUUACACAGAUGAAGAUGAGACUGAAUGUGAAAAUGAAUCAGAAGCCGAAAAUGAGUCUGUAGAGGAGGAAGGUGAAGAGGAAGGAGAUGAUGAUGCAACAGAGGAGGGAGAAAAUAGUGAGGAGGAAGAGGGCAAGAAAACAGAUGUUGAAGAAGAUGGUGUGUUUGGGCAAGUUUCAUUCUAUGAUGAAGAAUCUGCCUCUAGUAAUUCUAUAGAUGUUCAGAAGAAGAAAAAGAAAGCAGAGAAGGCGACGAAAACAAAGAAAUUAAAAGGCAAAAAGCGUAAAGCUAGUAAAAUGGCAGAGAAAGAUAAGAAAUCUAAAAAGAAACGUAGACGAAAGAGGAAGAAGUCUAAGGAUGAAGAUGAUGAUGAUGAUGAGCCAGAUGAUAAGCUUCUCAAAUCAGGAGCUACACUAAUGAGGCGUAAAAAUAUCAGGUACUUAAUAAUUUAUGUCUUUAUUUAGGUUAAUCGUGAAUAUCAAUUUAUAGGGAUAAGUACUUUCUCCUUUCACUGCUUAAGAGUCAAACUUUACCCUCUUUAAAAAAAAAUGUAAUUGUCAAGAAAUAUUUCUUUGAUGAAUGGGAUAAUUAUGUUAAGUUCAAUUUUUAAAUUAUUUGAUACAAGCAGUCCUCAUGUUUGGAGUUUAUUUAUGAUACAUAUUUUGGGGUGGGGGGUGUGUCGAAUUAUUGAAAGCACACUACUUAUUUUAAAAUUCAAUGUUGUUUUUUUGUUGUUGUUUUUUUAUAGUGAAAACAUUGAAUACAAGUUGUUUGAUUCUCUGUUGAUAAAUGUUAAAUUAAAAAGCUCAAGUGAAAAAAUAUUUAUAAUUGUACUGAUUAUCUGGAAGAAUAACCCUUGAAUUUAAGAAUACUUUGCUGCAGCAUCAUUUUUUAUUUUUUUACAUACUUGUUAAUAUUUUUAAAAGUUUAAUUAGUGAAUUGGAAAUUUGAAAGAUAUCGCAUUUCUUCCCAGCAAAAAAAAAAAAGUAAUACCUAUUUUCAUUCUACCGGACAUGAUGAAUUACAUAUUUAUAAAUUAAAAAAUUUCUUGGUAAUUCAGAUCUAUUUUGAAAGAAAAGGAUUUGGACAAAGACAUGCUUUCAGCUCAAAAUGAAGAGCUCGAGCGUCAAAAACGUCUUAUGGAACUUAAGAAAUCAUUGUUACGAGAGAAUGCUGCAGCUGGAGCUGCUGCAGCUGCAUCAAAGGCGGCUGCAUCUAAGGCAGCAGCUGUUGCAGCAGCGGCGGCAGCAUCAUCAGCAAGCACCUCCACAUCUACUUCAACCAAAACUGCAACAGCAUCAACUGGUACUUCUACUCCAAAGGAAAAGGACUCUCAGCUGAAAUCACUUCUUCAAGGUUAGAAUUUUGAGACCUUUAGGUUCUAUCUCUAGAAAGCUAUUUAAUUAGCGUAAAAAGAUGUAGAAGUAACUGUUUGUGAAAAUUGAUAGAUAUAUUUGUAAUGUCUUUAGAACCUUGUUCUUUUCAUUAUUUGAUGUUGUUAAUAUUAUUUUAGUUGCGGAGGAAGAAGCUGAGAAAGAGGCAGAAAGUAAAGAAAGGAAAAAUUUAGACAAAGAAGUUGUGAAAAUCAAGAAGGAAACCAGGGAAACUUCACCCCCAUCAGGUUUGUUAGUUAUCCUGCUGGCAUCGUUUUCUUUUUAUAAUGAAAGUAUUAAUCUUCAAAGUUUUAAAUCGAGAUGGGCUCUGCUGUCUCCGAUAUUAGUGAUAUUAUUUGAGCGUUUUAGACAUCAGCAUGCAUUUUUUUUUUCCUCAUAGAUGUAAUCACCUUAAGUAGUGACUCGGAUGAUACAGAUGACUAUGAUGAUGAAGAUUCUGAUGAGGUUGUUAUGGUGCCCAGUGAUGAAGAGGAGGAUGACGAAGGGCCAGAGGAUGUCAAUAAUGGAGGAGCCCAUAUAGAUGAUACUCUUAACCUGCCUGACCCUGAUGGUAGGGUAAAGGUCAAUGUAGGCCACCCACCUGAUGACCCUGACAUUUAUCUUGCACCUCAAAUUGCCCAAGCAAUUAAACCUCAUCAGGUCAGAAAAUUUUUCAUUUAAACAUAGUUGUUUUUUAAAAAUAAGUAUUAAAUAAACUCUUAUCUAAAAUUUAAAAAAAAAUAUUACAAAACACCUUGUUACACCUGUCCCACUAAUUCCCCUAAAAAAAUUCCAAUGAGGUCUGCUCUUUUUUCUGUUACUUUUGAGAAAUUCUCAAAUUAUAUGUCCUUCUUAAUUCUUGACAGAUUGGUGGUGUUCGUUUUUUGUAUGACAACAUGGUAGAAUCAUUGGAAAGGUUUAGAACGACACCAGGAUUUGGGUGUAUUUUAGCUCACAGCAUGGGUCUUGGGAAAACUAUACAGGUUGACUUUUAAUUUCCUAAAUAUUUAAUAUAUUUUUUUACUAUGUCUAUACAUUUCUUAAAGUAUAUACUAAUAGAAAGUUAUGGUGGGAGUAAUAUUAAUAUGACAUACGAUAUUAGUUUCAACUUAUUUUGCUUGCUUCUUUUUAUUAUUAAUUAAACUUAUGCAAAUAAAAUUAUAUUCCACAGCUGAUUUCAUUUAUUGAUAUAUUUAUACGCUGCACUGGAGGCAAACUAGUCCUUUGUAUAGUGCCCAUCAAUACACUACAGAACUGGUUAGCUGAGUUCAACUAUUGGUUGCCACCAAAGGAGAAACUCCACCCAGACGACCAUCUUACUCAAAGCAGAACUUUCCCCAUACACAUCAUUAAUGAUGGCAUGAAAACAACUGCAGCUAGAGCCGCAGUUAUAGGUGAGUCCUAUUCACAGCUUGUAAAUUGAAAAAAAAUAAAUUUGCGCUUAAAUAUGUAUCUUUCUUGAGAAGUUAUGAUUUUAGAAAUGUUAUUUUUACUACAUUAAUUUAACUUACUUUUAGUUUGUUUCUUUAACAUAUAAAACUAUUUAUUCAUGGUAUGAUUUCAUAUCUAGGAAAAUGGAAAGACCAUGGCGGGGUUUUGCUAAUGGGUUACGAAAUGUUCCGCCUCUUGUCAUCCAAGAAAGUGGCUCCCACCAAAGCAAAGAGCCGGUCCAAGAAACCUGCCCAACCUGAGGUCAUUGAUGUGGAAGAGGAGGAUAAAAAUAAAAGUCUUAUGAUUGGUCAGAGAAUGUUUCCUGUUUUUUUUUUUUUUUUUGGUUUUUUAAUUAUUAUUUUAACAAGCAGAACAAAAAUUCAGGUUUUUGGGGGAAAUCAUAUUGUUUUUUUUUUUAUUAUAUUAAAUAAAUACUUGCUCAAAAACUUGUUUCCAAGACUGAAAUUAUGACCAUUAAACAAAGAACAUUUGAAAUUGUAACAGUUUGAUGAUAUUAUCUCCUGUGAUAUUAAAUUGCAUAGUGCACAAUUUUAUUUUAGAUUUUAUCACUAAAGUGGUUCAAUUAUUUUUUUAAAAUUUGCAUUAUUUUAAUGGUGUGCUUCACAGACAUGCAUGGUGUCUUAGUUGAUCCUGGCCCAGACUUGGUUGUGUGUGACGAAGGUCAUCGUAUUAAAAACAGUAGUGCUGCCAUCUCUCAAGCUCUAAAAGCCAUUAAAACUAGGUAUUUUAUUAUCACAUAUUUUUACAAGUUUAUACCCUUUUUUUACUGUUACAUUUUAAUGUUGUACAUGUGUGUAUUUACAAAAAAACACAACUUUAUUGGAAAAAAGGUUUGAUAAUGAUGGGAAUACUGUGGGGAAAAAAUCUUAUCAUAAUGAAAAAUGACUUGUUUAUCUACCUAUUAAUAAAUCCUAAUUCAAAUAGACUAUAAUUAACUUGAAUUAUUUCAGACGGAGAGUUGUACUGACUGGUUACCCUUUACAAAACAACUUAAUGGAAUAUUGGUGUAUGGUGGACUUUGUGAGGCCAAACUUUCUUGGUACGAAGACUGAGUUCAGUAAUAUGUUUGAGCGGCCCAUUAUGAAUGGGCAAUGUAUGGAUAGUACAACAUCUGACAAGAAAAUCAUGAGGCAUCGAUCAUAUGUUUUACAUAAUCUGCUUGAGGGGUUUGUGCAAAGGUGAGUGUAUAUAAAUUCUUCAUCACCUAAAUUUAUAUCAGUUUAUACUUGUCUUUUUCCCUCUUGGAUAAAAAGAGGGUAAUUGAAAGUAAAAAAAGUGCUCGAAAUGUGUGUGUUCAUUAAAGCUGCAUACCGAGAUCUUUACAUUGUAAGAUAAUAUAAAAUAUUUAUUCUUACACCUAACUAGAUUAAAUUUCUUUAAAUGAAAUUGAAAGUUCCUUCAUGUUUUAUUUUAUAAUUAAUUACCUUUUAUACUUCUGUAUUCUCAUCAGAUUUGUCUUGACAUUUUCCCCUCUAAACCCGUAUUUCCCAACAUAAUCAAUACUCUGCACCCUUUAUAAAUUAUUUGACAAAUCUGGCACCCCUCAUAAAAUUAAAAAAAAUUUUAAAUGCAUUUUUAUUGAAUUCCGUAUUUGAUAACUUUAAAAUGCAAACAAAUACGGAAUUCUAAUUUACUUUGCAAUGAUAAUUGGAGAAAUUAGAAAAUAAACUUUUGAAUUAAAAAUAAAGGAAAAAUUAAAUUAAGAAAUGUUUAAAAAUAUAUAUAAACAUUUAUAUCAUAGCUUGAAAGUUAUUGACUCCUCAGUUCUUAUAAUUCCCUUUCCUCGCAUUCCCAAAGUUGGACAUCCAUAAAUGGCUUUGAGGGGGGUGGGGUGUCACAAAUUUGUGACUAUAUAUAUAUUAUGAGGUGUCUUAAAUUGUGUGAAAAAUUUGUGAUGAUGGGGGGUUGGGGUGGUGUCAAAAAUCAGAACUUUGUGAAACCCUGCACUCUUAACGUAACCGGAUGUCUUUUUACAAUUUAUUUUUUCUUGAUUUGCCUUGUGAUGCUGAGAAUAUCAUGAAGGCUGUUAACAAGUGUAGAGAUCUUAGUCUUAGAGGAUUCUUGAUAAGAAAAAUGAUUUGGCAACUUGAAAUCAAAAUACAAUGGGUAUAUUCUUUUAAUUUUUCUUUUAAAUCCUGGUUUUAUUCAUGCAGACGUGGUCAUACUGUUCUGCAGUUGAGCUUGCCUCCAAAAACAGAACAUGUUUUUCUGGUUCGUUUGAGUGCUUUUCAACGAAAGAUAUAUGUUGAAUUUAUGAACGCCAUAUCAGAGUCUGGACUAUGUUCAUGGGCCAACAAUAACCCACUGAAAGCAUUCGCUGUCUGUUGUAAAGUAAGUGAAAAACUUACAAUAAUUCAUAUGGAUGUGUUUGUUAAUUAAUUUUACACAACAUUGUUGACAAUCCCAUAUUUUUUAUUCAGCAUUUUGAAUCUCUGGAUGAGAAGAAAUUCAUCUCUAUAUUUUGGGGGUUAAUGCAACAUUUCUAAUAUUCUUAAAAUAAUCUGAUGUCUUUUUUUUUAUAUUUCAGAUCUGGAACCAUCCUGAUAUUCUCCAUGAUGUUUUAACCCAGCAUAUAGCAGACAAAGACAAUGACCUGGACAUUGACACAGGUGAAGGAGGCACUAGCAAAAAGAAGAAAAACAUCUCCAAAUCUGCAUCUACAGCAUCAUUAGCAUCUGCAGAUUCAACUUCUGCAUCUCUCACCCCUUCUGCAUCAACAACAUCACUGGUGUCCAUGGCUUCAGAGACUGCUUCAGAUAAAAAUCCUAUUACAUAUGAUUGGGUAAGAUUUCUAAGGGGACGACUGUCAAAAUAUUUUUUAAGAAUUUUAAUCGCAAUGAGGCUGACAAAGGAAGUUCAAUAAUAUGCAAUUCAGUCAUCAAAGUUUUAAAAAUCACAUUUGUGAACUAAUAUUUUGCUUUUUUUUCAAAAGGAAACAUUUUUUUUUUCCCUAUCUUAUCCACGUAUGCAAUUGUCUGUCUGUGUACCUACCUUUUUUUAAAAUAUCCCAUUUUAGUUAAAUCACUGACACAUAAGACACACAUUUUAAUUAAUUUUUUUUUCAAAAGGCACUGAAUUGUUUUCUGGAAGUUUCAAUUGGCUUUAUAUAAGUCGUCAAUACUUGGAUCUUAUGAAACAAAUGUCUUGCAUAUAAUAAUAUCUCAAACCUUUAUUUAUACAAUUUCAGGCUGAACCUUUUAUGAAAGACUACAUAGCAGGUGUUCUAGAAAACAGUGGCAAGUUUGUAAUCAUGAAUGCAAUUGUGGAAGAGUGUCUGGCAGUUGGAGACAAGGUCCUUAUAUUUAGGUAUGCCAUUAGAGUUAAUAGGUGAUGAUUUAAAAAAAAAAUAUUUAAAAAAUUUUUUUUUAUGUAAAACCACAAAAUCCAGUUUUAUUUAUGUAAGAGAAAAACAAUAAAUCUUGGGUAGUUUCAUAAAUAAAAAAUUGUGUGACUUGUUACUUAAAAUUAAAAGAAGCAUUGAAAUGUUAAUCGAAUAUGCACUAAUUUCAUUCUUCCAUUUCGUCGAUUCCAAUAUGGUUUUUUAAUGUUGUCAAAAAUCAUUGUAAGAUGCGUGUCAGAUAUCUUUCAUUAUUAUUUCAUCUAGCCAAAGUUUGCUCACUCUGAACAAAAUUGAAGAGUUUAUGGGAAAACUCAAGGUUCCAAGAAUGGAGAUUAAUGAAAACUGGCAGCGCAACAGAACAUAUUUCCGUAAGCAAAUAUACAUUUUCAAUAUUUAUUUGUUUGUUUAGUUUUAGUUAAUCAUGACAGAAAAUUCUUUAAAUAUUUAUUCCAGCAACACCAGUUUUUCAAUCCUAAUAAAUUCAAUUUCUUGAAAUUGAAAUUUAUUAAAAAUGGAUAAAUAUGAUAAUGUUGAAAAAUAUGAAUCCAUUAAAAAAAAAACUUUGUUGAAAAUGUGACAUGUUUUAAAUAUGUUUUACAGGACUUGAUGGAAGUACUUCAGCUCAAGAUAGAGAAAAAUUAAUUAACCAGUUUAAUGACCCUGAAAGUAACAUAUGGGUUUUCUUAUUGUCCACAAAGUAAGCAUUAAUUUUUAUAAAAAACAGCUAAAAGCUCAUCGCUUUUUAUUUUUGUCAUUCUGGAUUUUACAAUAUUUUACUGGUAUAUAUCAGCAUGUUGUGUUAUGCCUAACUUGGCAGAGAUGGACUAGCAUGUUUUAUAUAGCAGGAUUGUGUUAUUUUAAAUUUUGUCAGCAUACUUAGCUCUACCUGGGGGUUAUAAUUUGCUUGGUACCAGUCCCAAAAUAUUAAGUUUUGACUUCCAAAUCUGAGUAGUUUUUACUGAGCAAGUAAUACAUCGUUUUUGAGGGUUUAUUUUUAUCUGAUUUUUUAAAAACAAAAGUCUUCAUUUGUUUACAGAGCCGGUUGUUUGGGAAUUAAUCUCAUUGCUGCCAACCGUGUCAUAGUUGUUGAUGCCUCCUGGAACCCCUGUCAUGAUUGUCAAGCUAUAUGUCGUGUAUAUCGGUUUGGUCAGAUUAAAAAUUCCUAUGUGUACAGGCUUAUCACAGACAAUACACUAGAAAAGAAAAUUUAUGACAGACAAAUAAAUAAGCAAGGAAUGUCUGGUAAGUCGCCAGUUCAGAAAUUUCGACUGAUCAUUUCUUGUGGCUAAUUUAUGUUUUCAUGCCAACAAUGUAAAUUUAAUUAAUUUUAACCACAUUUGAUUUAAAAACUUGAUGUUUCUUUGUUUAAAAUAGUGAUUUUUAAUUAUUUUUUUUAAAAAUCUGUUUACAGAUCGAAUAGUUGAUGAUAUGAAUCCAGAAAAUAAACUGACUCGUAGACAGGUGGAGAAUCUCCUGGAUUUUGAGGUAUGAGAAAGAAAAAAAAAUGUAUACAACUAAAAGACAGUAUUUAAAUAUUGUUUUGGCAUACACCUAAUUUUUUUUUCUCUCACAUUAAGGGGUUAGGCGCCCGAAAAUAUCUAAAAUUUUCAAAAAUUGUCCAUUUUUUUAUUUUUUCAUUUUUACGUAGAUAAACAUUAUUAGAAUCGAUUACAUAUCAAUUGAUACUACUUUUUAAAAGAUUUGUUGUGAAACAACUGAUAUUUAACACCCCUCCCCACUCUAAAAAUUGACCUAAUUUUGGAAAUAAAAUAAAAUUCAUACAUAUCCCAUGUUUGAGACCUCAAAAAACUAGUUUUAAAUAACAUAAUAUGCUAUUAUUAUAUAUCAACGUAAAGGUAAAUUCAAGCAGUUUUUUUUAUUUUUAGAAUCGAAGUCAGUAAAUAUAAUUGCUACAAAUAAUCGGAUCCACAAGCGAAGUGUGUGUAGGAUUUUCUUCACUUCUAUUUAUAUAAUUAUUUUACCGAUUUUCAUUGGUCCGAACCGAGGGUAACCAAGAUACCGUUGACUCGCGCAUGCGCAAAUGCGUUGUUUAUGCGUGUUUACCGGAUCAUGGUUCUGUGUACAGAACGAAAGCAUCAGCAUAUUUUGAUUUUAAAAUACACGUUUACAACCUUACCCAUUCGGUAAAAGCCAGAAAUUCAAGGUAAGUAUACUAAAAAAAUGACCUUAAUUUAGCAACAUGCAAUCGGUGAUAGUUGAAAUUAUUCAGUUCGGACGUCAGUACUGUCACUGUGUUGCCUUGAUGAUUGAUCGUGCGUGUGGAUUGUUUGUGAGUUUAUGUUUGUUUAGCUUAUGCCUUAUGCGGAGAAUUACAUACGUUUCUACUAUUAGUCUUUAUAUUUACCAAUCAAGUGAAUUGUUACAUUAUAUGAAUCCUAAGCCUAUUUAUUUAUAGUUGUCUAACAAAACAACAUUGAUAAAUAAUCGAGUAGUUCAAAGUAAUAGCAUAGGCUAAGACUAAGGCUAGGACUAAAACAACAAUGUAACAACGCAAUAUGCCGUAAUACUACUAUAAUUAUGGCAUGGUAUUAGCAUUGGCAGUAUGGGGAAAAUAAUUCGUAUUAGAAUCUUUUAACUCAAAUAGUUUAAUCUUAGCCUUAUUCAUUUUUUUUAUCUGCAUACAAUUAUUAAUAGUAAUAGCUAAUUAGUUUUAUAUUAUUUCUUAUUUAUAAGAUCAGUUCAAUUGACUAAUAAUAGUAAUUAUAAUAAAAUAAGUAUUUAGUUUAGCAAUCCUAAACAUCUAAAUAAUACUAAUAGGCUUAUUGAGAUCAUUUUCAAUAUAUUAUUUGCUAAAUAAUGUUUAUAUAAUUUUUUAAUUCCAUUCCAGCCCCCAAUUAGUUCUACCGAGCCGAGCAAAAGUUAAUUCUUCAGUGACAAGAAUUCUACAGAGGGACUGUUAAACAUUGAUUUGAAAUGAUCAUAAUUCAAAGCUUUUACCAAUUUUCUUCUGUCUGCAGUGGAAUGGACGAAUUGCAGAAGCCAUAACUUACAGCUGAUUGCAAAACAAAAUAGUAAAUACUAUGAACAUAACAAUGACUAGAUUGUGAGUGGUUAGAUUGUUCAUAUCAACAACUGGAUAACCAAGUCAUUAUCAAUUAUAGACUCUAAGGCCUGAAGGACAAUGGCAUGGACUAUGAAAAGUUGCAAUCUAUGAUAUCUGCGAUAAACAAUCCAGCUGCACCGCAAAAUUUAUAACCUGCGCAAAGUAUAAAAACUGCGCUAUGCCGAAGACAUGAAACAUUUAUGAGCAAGUAUCUUCCCAAUUAUUACAUUUCUAAUAGACAAAUAACUCAUUCACCUCUGGUAUGAGGGACAUCUUUGAUGAAAGAAGUACACAGAAUAGGUACAAAAGUUUCAACAUAGCAUUGCUGCCAUGAAACUAUGCUUCAAUUUCAGUGAUGGUGACAGCAACAUAACCUUGUCAUCUAAGCAUGGUUAAAAGGAUCAUGGACAAAAGGGUUGAUUGGGGACUUUGGAUAACUUGUGUUAUAUUAUAAUGCUGAACAAAAAAUUCUAAUACAACACAAAUUAGCUUUAUUCCAGAGGAAAAAAAUUUUUUGUUUAAAAUUGUGAUUUUGACGAGAGCACCUGAUGAAGUUCAAGAAGUUAAAACCCAUGUUCCUGGUGCAUUCAACAGUUCAAUAAUAUAAGAAACCACCAUGUCCAUGUUGCUGAACAAAAAAAACUAUGUAAAAGAACUUCAUUUUCAUAUUAAACUUAAAAUUUUUCACUUUUAAAGUUUAAAAUUGAUUUUUCUCAAAAUUGUUUUUUUCUGUUGUUUUGUAACGUAGAAUUCUAAAAUCUCAGCUAAUAUACAAGCUAGAGUAAUAAAAUUUGGUGUGUAUCUUCCUUUAACUAUUUUGUGGGUAAUGAGCUAUUCAAAAAUCAAUUUGGUCAAUUACUUUUGUUAAAAUAAUUUUUUUCAUAUCCUAGGAUGGUAAAUUUUAAGCGUUUUCUGCCGAGGCAAAUUUUAAAAAUUAAAAAAAAAAUGUUUUGAAAAGUUUUAAGGAAAUUAAACUAGCUCAGUACCUCUAAAUAUAAUUGAAGUUCAUGAAUCAAUCAAUUUUUAAGCAAUAUGUAUGUUUGUUUUUAAAAUUUUAGAACUCUACGAAUGGGUAUUAUUUUCAAGAUGGCCGCCGUUGCCAUGGCAACUAUAUAAUUUUUUUUUAUUUUAAAGCAUGAAAAUAUAUCUCCAUUCAUAGCUUAACAUGACCAUAAUAAAAUAAUUGCUCUAAGUUGGUUAAUUAAAAAAAAAAAUUUUUUGGUAGCCUGCCCCCUUAAAGCUUGACAUCUUAAUCUUGGCAUUAUUUAAAAUAUGGCUUCAAUUGAUACCCAUAGGAUUUACAGUAAGCAAUAGAAUACUAUUAUUUCUUAGUGUACAGUUUUUUAUUUUAAGUAAAUUUAAAAGGAGUCACCCUUUUUGUUUCAAUCUUUGAUGGAGUUUUUGUUCAAGGCUUAAAUUGGUAUUUAUAAAUUAACAGGAUCAAGAGUUCCCAAUGAUUGAUUUCACAACUGCUGAUGGGAAAUAUGGACAUGAUCAAGUUAUGGUGAAUGUGUUGAAAACUUAUGGACAGUGGCUAACUAAGGUAUUUGUUUAGUUUUAUUUCCUUUGCUGUAAUUAGUCCAAAAUAUUUUAUUUAAAUACCUUCCAUUCUUUAAAUAAAUUUUGAGUGUCCUUAAAUUUUACAGGUUUUUAUCAGCAUUUCAUUCUUUUCUGUACAUUUUAAGUCCCUGUUUAAGACUUGCACCAUCAAUGCCUAUUCUGAAAUUAUAUUACUCAGUUCACUAACUUUGGGCAUUUAACCUACUUGAGUACCUACCAACGUCCAGUGAAACUAACAUGUAUCUUCGCUAUAAUUAAUAUUUUCUUAAUUUAAUUAUCUUCUUUUAAAUUCAGCAACCUUUCACCCACGAGUCGUUGCUGAUUGACCGCAAAGAGCUGCGACUUUCAAAACGGGAGAAAAGAUUGGCCAAGGAAGGUUAUGCCAGAGACAAAAGGAUGAAUGUAACAUAUACGCGGCCUUCAUAUGCUGCUUACUACCCACAGCCUGGUGGGCUGCCCAGCAGACUUCCUCUCAAUAGUAGAUACAAGUGAGUUUUCAUUUUGUUUCUAUGCAAGCUUUUCAAACCAACUUUUGGGGUGAGAGUGGAACAUUUGGUAGAUAAAACAUGUCUUUUCAUGACUACAUUAUCAUUUAUGCAAUAACUAUUAAAAUCAAACAAGUUAAAAUAUGAUAAUAGGGAUAAUAUACAAAGUUAUUAACAGUUAUUUUUAAUAAUUGUUUUUAACUACUUGUUAUCAUACUGGUAAUGCAUAUAAGAAUUGAAAAUGGCAAAAAGUUUGGUUGGUUUUUUUUGUUAUUUAUUUCACAGCAGGAAGAUUCUAAAAUUGUAUGCUCCAAAGGUCUUCAUUACAUGACUACUGUAUUAUAAUAUUUUUAUUUCAUCUGAAGGAAAUAGCGAAACAAAGUAUUGGAAAACCUGAAAAAAAGCACACUUCAAUCGAAGCAACUAACGUGUAAAGAAGCCUUCAUCAGCCAAAAAUCAAUUGUAAAAACAAUAUAAAAAGUAUAAUAAACUCUUAGCUGCAAUGUAGUUUACGAGAGGACUGCAAGAGCAUUCCUCUUGCUGUCCUCUCUGUCCUCAUUGCAGCUAAGUGUUAAUUAUAUAUAAAAAAAAUUUUUUACUGUUGUUUUUUGCUGAAGAAGGCUUUUUGCUGACACGUAGCAUCCUUUUUUUCAGGUUUUCCCAUAUGUAGUUCUCCUAUAUCUUUCUAACUAACCUAAUUGUAGUUUCUCCCUUUAAUUAUCAUAUUAUUUCAUCUGAAUUUGGUCAGAUAUGCACUUAGGAUAUUUGUUUUGUAUGAGGACUUAGGCAUCAAAAGUUUCUUUCUUUAACUAACUGAUUAAACUUUUUGUAACUCAGUUAUGCUGCAUUCCGUCGUGGGCCAAUUGUACGCCCUAUAGCAAGUGUUCGUCCUAUGAUAGCUGCUAACGUCCAGAAUGGGGGAGAGAAGAUUAAACAGUUUGGAGGCCAGCCUUUAAGACCUGGCGUCACAAUUCAUCAAGUCAUCACUACUACAGGUUUGUCAUGUUUUUUCCAAAAACGCAGAUGUCCUGAAUUUUAUGGCCAAAGCAAAUUAAGCGCAUGAUUUUUCUAUCUCAAAUAAAGGAAGAGCACAUCCACUCCAUCUACACAAGAAUGAAUCAAAAAUAAAUCCCUCUAGUCUGCAUACACUUAAUUAGGUUAAAUGCAAUUUUUGAUCUUAAUCAUAAAAUAUGCCCCCUUUUAGCGAUUCAUGACAGCCACUUGGAAAAUCCCUGUUAUCGGUCUAUUAUUUAAAGAAAGUAUUAUAAGUCAUAAAUGAAAUUUCAUUUUUAUUAUAUGACAAUUUCUUUGUUUCUCAGACAGUUAUAUAAUAAUUAAUUUUAAAAUCUUAUUUAUAUUGUGUAUUUAUUUCCUUCAGAAAUUGUAUUACCUGGUACAAAUACUGGCACCCAAGCAGGGGCUUCAGCCACUAACAAAAUUGGAGCAGGUGAAAAAAUACUUGUCAUUAAAACUCCAAAAGGGGUUUACAUUAGAACCAAUGAUGGGAAGAUGUUUGCUGUCAGAUCCAAGACUGGAGCAGGCCUGACAGACAUUGGUGGAACCUCAGGAACAACAACCACCACAGCAACAACAACAUUUACAUCAGCUGGGGGAAAC